AUGGAGCAGGAACGCCGCGAGCGGGAAUCUCGCAAGCGCGUCGAAGACAUCGAGCGCGCCUUCGAAGAGGACGCCGCGGACAAGCAGCGCAAGCGCGUGGCCGCGCUGAAACUUCUGGACGAGAUAAACGCUGAAAACGAAGAACAAAUCAAGCGCAAAGCCGAGGCCGAGCGCGCCGAACGCGCGGAAGAUGAACGCGUGAUGGAGUACUUGCGAUUGAAAGCCGAGCGCGACGCCGCCAAAGCCGCCGAGGAGGAAGCGCAGCGCCGAGCGCGCGAACUCGAGACCGCGCGUCUUCGUUCGAUGCAAGAAAAGUACAUCGAUGGUCGCGCCGAGCAAGACUUUAUUCGCGCUCAAAAGCUGCAAGAUGAGUACGACAGACAGACGCGCGAGAAGGAACGCGCCGAACGCGCCAAGCGACGCCAAAUGCUUGAAGAUUUAGCCGCCGCUCGCGUGGCGCAGCACGAAGAAAAGGUGCGAUUGCAGCGCAUCGAGAAGGAGAACGAAAAAGAAAACGCCGAACGUUUGAAACGAGAGUACGAGGCGCAGCUGCUGGCGGAGCGGCAGAGAGAGGAGGCGCGGCGCGAGGCAGCGGCGGCGCACAAGCGCGAUUUAAUCCAUCAAAUGCAAUCCAACGAAGAGGCGAAACGACGGGCGGAGGCGCGCGCGGCUGAAGAGGCUGAAGAGGCGCGCCGGCGCGAAAGACAAACGCACGUUUUACUUGAACAAAUUCGCGAGCGUAAAGUCAAAGAAAUGGAGCGCGACGCGAUUCCAGACAAAUACACCGUCGAGCUUCGAUCGAAGAAGAGCGUGUGCGCGUGA